AUGGCCGAAUCACCGGAGCAUGAAAAGACGGCCUUGCCGCAGGACGCCAGCGGCGCCGGCGACGGCAAAGGCGCCGCAGACGAGGCGCGCCUCGGAGACUCGGUCGCCGUCGGCUACGACGACAUCGCCAUCAUCCCCAAGGGGCAGAUCGACCCGGUCUACGAGGCUAAAGCGCGCGUCCUCAACCGCGCCAUCCAGGAGAUGGGCAUGGGCUGGUACCAGUGGCAGCUCUUCAUCGUCGUCGGCUUCGGCUGGGCCAGCGACAAUCUGUGGCCCAUCGUCACGUCCCUCAUCCUGACUCCGGUCGGCAAUGAGUUCCGCCCGACCCGCCUGCCGCUCCUCACCCUGUCGCAGAACAUCGGCCUGCUCGCCGGCGCCAUCUUCUGGGGCUUCGGCUGCGACAUCUUCGGCCGUAGGUGGGCCUUCAACCUGACCCUCGGCCUCACCGCCCUCUGGGGCCUCGUGGCGGCCGGUUCGCCCAGCUUUGCGGCGAUAGGCGUGUUCGACGCCUUCUGGUCCUUUGGCGUUGGGGGCAACCUCCCCGUCGACUCUGCCAUAUUUCUCGAGUUCCUACCGCAAUCGCACCAGUUCCUACUCACCAUCUUGUCCCUCGACUGGUCCUUGGCGCAGGUCAUCGCCACCCUGGUCGCCUGGCCCCUGCUCGGCAACCUGACCUGCCAGCAGACCGACAAGAACUGCACCAAAGGCGAGAACAUGGGCUGGCGCUACUUCCUGAUUGCCAUGGGCGGCCUGACGCUCGUCAUGUUCUUCAUCCGCUUCGUGCUCUUCAAGAUCUACGAGUCGCCCAAGUACCUGGUCGGCAAGGGCCUGGACGAGAAGGCCGUCGAGGUCGUGCACAAGGUCGCCAAGCUGAACAACAAGACGACAACGCUCACGAUAGAGGAUCUCAGGGCCUGCGAGCCGGAUGGCUACGUGUUUGAGGGCAGCAACGCCACCGACGCUAUCAAGCGGCAUCUAGAGGACCUCAAGUUCGAUCGCGUCAAGGCGCUCUUCGCUACGGGCCGUCUGGCCCUCUCGACGGGCAUGAUCAUGGCUGUCUGGGCGCUCAUCGGCCUUGCGUAUCCCCUAUACAACGCCUUCAUCCCAUAUAUCCAGGCGAGCCGCGGCGUUAGCUUUGGUGACGGCUCGACGUAUAUCACAUACCGGAACUCCCUCAUCAUAGCCGUUCUCGGCGUGCCUGGUGCGUUGCUGGGAGGGUUCUUGGUGGAGCUGCCUCGCCUGGGUAGGAAGGGCACGCUGUCGCUUUCGACUGUCAUCACGGGCGUGUUUUUGUAUGGUUCGACGACGGCAAAAACCUCCAAUGCGCUGCUGGGUUGGAACUGCGCUUUCAACUUUACCAGCAAUAUCAUGUACGCUGUGUUGUAUGGUUUUACGCCGGAGUUGUUCCCUACGCCGCAAAGAGGCACUGGCAAUGCCCUGACGGCGACCUGCAAUCGCGUGUUUGGUAUCAUGGCGCCGAUUGUGGCCAUGUUUGCGGAUUUGUCGACCUCUUCGCCUGUUUAUGCGAGUGGUGCCCUAUUCAUCGCCGCAGUCUGGAUACCGGUGUUCGAUGAUCUCCAGACUCCUCCUCACUUCGGGCACCCGACAACAUCAAGCUUCAUUGUAUACACCAUAGAUCUGCGAUAUCGUCUACAAGAUCCCGUAACCAUGACGACGGACAGCUCGCCAAAAACCGACCCAAGACGAGUCAAUACUCUCUGUUCCCAAUGCUCCAAGGUGGAUUUCCGUAUCCUGUUUCAGCCUGAUUUCAAAUCCUUUAAGCUCGGCACUUUGUCUUCUAUCGCCCAGAACAAGACAUGCCCACUCUGCAGCCUCGUUUUAAAGGCUGUCAAUACGUAUUGGAGACAAUGGGCUGCUGAUAAGGUAGACUUCAACAGCUGUACACACAUCAACUUUUGUAUCAAGACCAAUUUUUGGGCGCACGCUGCUACGCCAUACGAGGUGAGAAAGUGUUCCCUUGGCUUGGGCAACAUACAGCUCCUACAAUCAAGGCUUUUCCGAUUCAGACCAGUCCUGGGAACGGACUGGAUACCAGACGAACGCCUGCGCAGUUAUAGGUCCAGCCCUAUCUAUACUCUCUGCAGUUUGGACAGGGUGCCCACCGGAGAGUUCAGCACGUUUCCCAGUGAUCCGGGGACAGAUAGGACUCAAACCCUGCAGAGACGCCUAAUCCCAGAAGUGGUCAAUAUCCCUCUCAUCCAAGCUUGGAUCCGCGAGUGUUGCCAACGCCACGGGCAUUACAAGGACAGAGCCGCGUCCCAGUCAGAACUGCGGGCAACUGGAAAAUUUCGUGUCAUCGACGUAGUCAACUCCUGUCUUAUAGAGCCGACUCAGCUCAUAGAUUACAUUGCCCUCUCAUAUGUAUGGGGGGACUCUGCAGCAAGACGCAAGGCUGUCAACCCCACCGGGUGGUGGAAUAGUUUCUUUGCAGAAAUCGGCAGUUUGAACAACACUCCCAGAUUUCGCCGCCUACGCCUUGGUCGACUCGGCAAUCGGAAAAACACGCCCCAAGUUCGACGCUUACGCCUUGAUCAACUCCCAGUCACUAUUCGUGAUGCCAUUGACCUAGUCAGAUCUCUGGAUUGGAGAUAUGUAUGGGCUGAUAUGCUGUGUAUUCGACAAGACGACGCGCUUGACCAGGAAGUCUUAGUCAAGAAGAUGCAUCAUGUCUACGAGGGGGCUUCCUUCACAGUGGUGGCGGCUGGAGGAGAUAAUGCCGAGAGUCCACUUCCUGGUCUCCGCAAGGGCACAAGAAUUCCAGAGUCAGCGCAUGAUAUCCCAACAAACCAUGGCGUACUGAAACUAGCAUUGGCCACCCGAGAUCUGAAAUCCAUAUUGUCGUCACUGCCCUGGAACACUCGCGCUUGGACUUUUCAAGAAGACCUGCUCUCUGCUUGCUGUUUGUUCUUCUCCCCGGGCGAGGUCUUUUAUUCAUGUCAACACAACUCUCGACAACAUGAACUGCCGCCGGUCCACUUCUACAAAGGCUUCGUGAAGGGCCGUUUCAGCGAAUACAGAGAAAGUUACGUGCUGGAAACAAGGGACACCCUCACCGCCUACCAAUGCGCAUCGCCUUGGCACGAUAUGUGGAUUAAGGGUCCGACUUAUGGCCUACGGUCCGAAGCGAAAAUUAUCUGCCCGCCAUCACGAGAUGAUCAGGGCACUGAGAACCAAUAUGUACUUAACCCUUUCGAUUUUGCACCUCCGCCACCGUCCGCCGUUGACUUCAGGGAAUACGCAUCAUUCGUUCGCGAAUAUACGAGGCGUCGUCUGACGCACCACAGCGACACCGUCCAGGCGUUCAUAGGCAUCCUGAGCAAGUUUGGCGCGGAGAGCCAGCUAGGGCUAGAUGCAGAAUUCCACGGCCUGUUAGAGGCCCAAUUUGAAAUGGCUCUACUAUGGACCUCUAACUUGGAUGUUUCCCUCGUCCGAAGACGUAUCUCGGCAACCAACGGCGCGGUCAUAAGGCGAUAUUCGCAAUUUCCCAGUUGGGCGUGGGCUGGCUGGGACGGCCCUGUCGAAUACCUUGUGGAUAGGGAUCCAAUGAGUGAACCGCUGGUUGGUCCUUCAGCUUCAUCACAUCACAGCCACGACCACCGCUGGGUUUUCUGGCCAGUGACAUUUCUGCCUAAAAGCGGCUCCUUGAAAAUGACUCGAUCAUUCAGAUUCAGCAGCACCAACAAUGAUGGCCGACUUGUAUGCUGGCUUUUGGAGGUCGAAGACCGGGCCGGCCAGGUCCCUAAUAGGCCCAGCACACCGAGGGAUUCUCUUGUGUUGACAAUCUUCACAUAUGUUGCGAAAGUGCGGCUGGAGUCGGGAAACAGCUUCGUGGCCAGGGAAUAUGAUAACAGGUAUGGUGUUCCCUGUGUAAAGAUCCACUCUUCCGAGGGCUCCCGCGGAACGGCAGCCCUGUUAGACUCACGGUCCUUGAUCGAACAUUCACUCGACGACCCCGAUAUGUACAGGCUGGUUGCCGUCGGGCGGGGCCAUCGACGUCCGCCUGCUAAUGCGCCGGUCGAAUGGGUUGUCCUUGUGGUCAAGCGGCAAGGAGACUGCUGGGAACGGAUCGGACUGACUACCAUCCGCGAUGAUUCAUUUACUAGAGACUUACAGUGGAUCAACCUCGCGUAA